AUGACUUUGGUAAAGUCGGUUCUCGGGAAUCUUCCAACUUUUUACCUUUCAUUAUUUCCUGCUCCUGUUGGAAUCAUAGAAGAACUUGAAAAAAUACAAAGGGGCUUAACUUGGAGAUCGGACUAUGCGGUGGAUGGGAAAUUCUGUGUGGCAAGGUUACGAAAUAGACUAGACAAAGCACACCACCCUGUUGGUGAUGGUGAAUUCUGGUGGCUGAACUCGGUCCCAAAAAAAGUGACAAGUUUUGUAUGGCGCGCUAAACAGGGGAGGAUCCCAUCUGCUGAGGCUUUAAAGAGAAGGAACAUUCCUGUUACUUCUCCGAUGUGUAGUCUAUGUGCAGAUCAAAUUGAAUCGGCAGACCACAUUUUAACCUCGUGUUGUAUGGCGAAGGAAACCUUAUGUAUGGUGCUUAAUUGGUGUGGAAUUCCUCUUGAGUAUUUCUCUGGAGUAAAUGAGGUGCUAGCGUAUGCGAGGAACUGGGGACAUUGUCCAAAGAAGAAAGAGACUCUUACUUGUAUUCUGUACAAAACUAUAUGGAGCUUGUGGAAAGCUAGGAAUGAUCGAAUUUUUCGUGGCGAGAUAUCGAAACCGGCGAAAAUUGUGGAUUUCAUCAAAGCCACAGUAUUUACGUGGAGAAAAUAUAGAACAAAAAUAGGUGACAAAAUGGAUUGA